CGCACGCGCUGGACUGGACUCUUCCGAGUCCGGUUGCCGUACGACGCGGCGGGUGCCGCCGCCGGGUGUAUAUCGGCGUGUGCGCCAAGAACACGUGCGACGCGCCUCUAAAGUUGCCCCUACCUACGCGCGCCCCCGCAGCCCUACCGACAGACUCGAGCCACCGUCUUCAACCGCGGCAACCAUCGGCGUGCGGAUCCGCCGUUUCUCGUCACUGCCGGCGAAGCCCGCUGCCAAGAGGACACCUCGCCGUCGUCUUCCCGUGUCUGCAAUUUGCCUGCCAGGUGAAGGCCCAUCGCCGCCAGCUUUCGUUUUUCGCCGCCGGCUAUUUCCAUCCUUCUAUUGGCAGAAAGAAAAAGGCUAAUGGCGAGAAGCAUUGAUUCGGAUUAUAUUGACUUCUCACAUAUGAGUGGAUUCGACAUGGGCAUCGAUUUUGAUGGAUUUGAGGAAAAUGUGAGAAAGUUCAUGGAGCUCCCGGCCAAGUAUCUGGAUUCAGCUCAUGAUAAGGCUGUUGAGUUCAUUGAAGAUGUCCAGGCAAUAAUUUUUGCCCCCUUUACUGACGAUGAGGUGCCAAAUGAGGAGGAUCAAUCUAGUAGCAGUGUCAUCACUGAAUCUUCACCAACAUCUGUUGAGACUGCGCUAGUUGGACCAAAUACUGAAGCCUCUACUCCUGCAUCUCUCAUAACAGUGGAAAACAGAUCUACUGGCUGUGUAGAUACUGAUGCUCAUGGAACUGAAUCAUUUUCAAGAAAAAGUACAGACAGCUCCGAGGAAGUUAUUCUAUGGAAUCCAGAGACUUCUGUAAAACCACGACCACUUGGACUUACCGCCAUACCCCAAGAUGACCAUGCACCUCAUGCUCUGGAAACAGAUCAAGUGGCAGAGCAAGCCGGACACUGUUCUGGACAUUCAGAUUCUUCUGUUUGUGAUAGAGAAAUUCCGCUAGAAAAUUUUAGAGCAGAUUAUGAAGAGGAAGCGGUAUUACACAGUGCAAAUGACCCUGUCGAAGUAACAAUUCAUGAUUCCACUACAAUUACCCAAGAUGAUUAUGUACCACACAUAUUGCACAAGGAUCAACAAGCUGGGCUUGACUGUUCUGUACAUUCAGGCAAGCUGCUUAUAAUUAUAACCUCACCUUACUUUCUCCAUAAGAAUGAUAAAGAUUCUGCUGCUUUUUUUCAAGCAUUGCUGCUAGAAGAUUCUAGUGCAAAUUAUGAAGAUGAAAGGGUAUCGUACAGUGCAAACGGCCCUGUGGAAGCAACCCAAGAUAAUUAUGUACCUCAAGCAUUGAACAAGGAGGAAAAAGCUGGACUUCACUGUUCGGGAUAUUCAGAUAUUCUGGUAGAUUCUGCUGUUUUUUUUCAAGCACUGCUGCAAGAAGAUUAUAGUGCAAAUUGUGAAGAUGAAAGGGUAUCAUACAGUGCAAACGGCUCUGUGGAAGCAACCCAAGAUAAUUAUGUACCUCAGGCAUUGAACAAGGAGGAACAAGCUGGACUUCACUGUUCUGGACAUUCAGAUAUUCUGGUAGAUUCUGCUGUUUUUUUUGAAGCACUGCUGCUAGAAGAUUCUAGUGCUAAUUCUGAAGAGCAAAUGGUAUCACACGGUGCAAACGGCCCUGUGGAAGCAACUACGCAUGGAACUAGCAUUUCGCAUGAAUCAAGCUCAGAUGUGCCUAGCUGUGCUGAUGUUCCAAAUAUGCCAACUGACACUAUGGUUAAGUCUGUUGAUAUAGAGGACCUAAGGGAUGGCCAGGAGCACAUGGAAAACGAUGAAAUUGUGCCCCCGGUCCCUCAGCGAAACAAUGCAUCAUUUCAGAAAAUGUUUAUGAGGAGCUUGUCGAGUAAACUCCGGUGGUCAAAGAAGCAGGUGAGUACACGUCAGGCCAUGCCUGCUGGAUCACAGGACUCAGAAAACAUUGGAUAUCAACUAGUUUCUUCAUCAGCCGAUCUGGAGCAUGACUGGGAGGUCUUGUAAAACUGCAAGAAGCUGCUCCAUGUCUCUGGUUCCAGGGGAAAGCUUGUGUAAAUUACAAAUCUCCUCACUGAAGCUGUGUCUAGUUGCUGCAUAUAAUCUUACAGAAGGAUGAGAGCGUGAGGUGUUUGCGUCUCUAAGUCUCUAUACAUCCACCGGCAUAACUGUAAAUUCCACUUGAGGCUGUGUUGUUCAAAUUUUCUCUUACUGAUCCGA